UUUCACAGUGAUUUGUGUUGUGGGCGAGGCUGGCCUUGCCAUAAUAAACACACGAAAGGUGAUACAGACAGUCUACAUUUGAAGGUGACAACCAAACAUGAGGCUGAUACCUUGCAUGAAAGCUCAGGACGAAGAUGAGGACCAUUCGCGAUACAUCGACCGGGAGAUCAAGGACUGGAUAAAGAACUAUAAUGACGCCAUCAAACUGCUGCUUCUUGGAACUGGCGAAAGCGGCAAGACCACCAUUAUCAAACAAAUGAAGAUUCUGCACAUACAGGGAUUUAGUCCAAGCGAACGAGCAGAGAAAGCGAACCACAUCCGACACAACAUCCAUGAGUCUAUUUACGACAUUGUUCGCCACAUGGAGCCUUUAGGCAUCACGCUAGGAAGCGGAAAGAAUAUUGCGGCACGGGACUAUAUAUUACGAUGCGGGGCUGGGGGUCCGCCACAUUAUGACGAGGAAUAUUUUGAUUACGUCCGUGCUCUGUGGCGAGAUACCGGCGUCCGCGAAUGCUUCAAGAGGUCAAACGAGUACCAGCUUAUAGACAGUGCCGAAUAUUUCUUGGACAGAAUAGAUCUAAUAGAGAAGUCUGAUUACUCACCACCGGACGCCGACAUAUUGAGAUGUCGUCAGAAAACUACUGGGAUACAGAAGAUAGAAUUCAAAGUGAAGGUUCCUAAAUCGAUGCAUGGCGGCAUACAAGAAUUCUGGAUGUUUGAUGUCGGCGGGCAGAGGGGUGAACGAAAAAAAUGGAUUCAGGUAUUCGAAGGUAUCCACGCGAUCUGGUUCCUGGUGGCGUGUAGUGAUUUCGACCAGACUUUGAGAGAGGACUGCGCCACCAAUCGGCUGAAGGAGGCGCUGACGCUCUUUGAAGACGUCUGGCAGAGCAGAUUCCUUCUAGAAGCCGGUCUAAUAGUGUUCCUCAACAAGCAAGACUUGCUCCAGCGGAAGGUGGAGCGAGGCGGGAGCAUUGCCCCCCACUUCCCAGAUUACAAAUACUAUAGCGGUCACGGGGGGGAGUAUGAAAGAACGAGAGACUACAUUCGACAGAUGUUUGUUGACGUAACGCAGAAGCAGCGCCGUCGCGCCGCCGCGCCGUCCGCCGAACGGUUCGUCGUCGGCGCGGCGUACCGCCCGCGGGAGUGCUACUUCCACUUCACAACUGCCACAGAUACGGACAACGUCAGGACUGUGUUUAGAGACACACAUCAGAUUAUACUUACACAUGCGCUGUCUAAUAUUGGAGUCUACUAAAGUCACAAGUGUUGAAAUAAAUGAGAGACAUGAAAAAUGUACGUCGUUUCAAAUUUCAUAUUUAAUAGUUUCACCCGCGUGAAUGUUACUUCCAGUUCACAACUGCCACAGAUACGGAUAACGUGAGGACUGUGUUUAGAGACACGCAUCAGAUUAUACUUACACAUGCGCUGUCUAAUAUUGGAGUCUACUAAAGCCACAAGUGUUGAAAUAAAUGAGAGACAGGAAAAAUGUACGUCGUUUCAAAUUUCAUAUUUAAUAGUUUCACCCGCGUGAAUGUUACUUCCACUUCACCACUGCCACAGAUACGGAUAACGUGAGGACUGUGUUUAGAGACACGCAUCAGAUUAUACUUACACAUGCGCUGUCUAAUAUUGGCGU